AUGGUCGCUACUCACAAGGGUCUCACCGAUAAUGUGUUCAUAUAUCAUCUGGCAUAUAUGUGCAUCUAUGAGGACGAUACAAAGGAUCCCGUAAGCAUGGAGAUUCAGAACGGAACGCCCUUGAAUCUGGACUGCGUGAACGACCAUCGAAGCAUUUCGUUAACACCUGGGUUUGAUCGCAAGAAAAUGCUCGUCAUUCACUUCAAAACAUGCUUCCCAAGGUCUAUCGUGAAGACGCGGUCAUGGGACCCGAAGGUGUUGACGGGUAAUCACAUCUUUGAGACAGUCGAGAUCCAGGUUUGGGUGGCAAAGAUGAAAAGUAGCAUUCUCAUUCUCGUAUCGCUCGAGAAGACGACGGAUCAUCUCUUUGCCGGGUCUGUCUCCACGGGGAACCGAUGCCGCUUGGCAUGGGGAUCUUCAAAGGUUUCACGAGGGCGAAGCGAGCUAUGGCAGCCGCGACGUGGCAUCGGUGAGGUACGAUCAACCGUGCUCGACCGCAUUCCCAGAUCGCUUCCCAGAUCGCUUCCAGACAGGAGAAUCUCCGGGAAUGAGCGCGUGAAAGAUCCGAGAGAAACCAGGGCUGCGAUCGAUCUGUAUGUCAUUGGAAUGGCGCAGUGCCUGGCGCACGUCUACUGGUGGCAGGCCGGUGUCCACAGGCACAUAUUCCACUCGCCAGCGUCGAGAUCGUCCAAGAAUUUCUACUCGCAGCUGACAGGUAGCCAGGGUUUGCUGGAGGAUCUCAUGGUGCUGCCGCCUCUAGUGCCGGCAAUCGAUCAGGAGAGCUCCAAGCUCAUCGUUUGCUUCCGGGACGAUGAUUCAGCGUUGCCGCCGGAGCUCCUGGACAGGGACUUGCGAGAUUUUGGAGUGAGGACGAACUUACAGAUGAGAUACAGUCCCUGGGCAGUGGACAUGAUCAAUGGGAUGGGAACUUGCGAUAAGAAGACGCUCAAGAAGAGCAGUGGAGGGCCGUGUGGCGGUGGAAGAGGUCGUGGUGACGAUGGCGAUGGUGGUGGCGAUGGUGGUGGAGAAGGCGACGAUGAAGGAGGAGAGUACGUGUUCCUUCUUCCGGUUCUUACUCUGGCCUUCGCAGCGUUCCAUCUGGGAUACUGCAUCGCGGUGUGGGUGAAAGAUGACAGCCUCGACGCCGGAUUCUUUCGGACUGGACUCGGCCUCUUUUGCCUCCUCGCGCUCGCCGCUAUCCGCCUAAACUCUGGAGCCGGCUUGGACGCUUAUGUUGUGGGACUUGGAGCGUCCUUGGGCGUCAUGGCCUGGACAGGUGAACGCUGUCUCGUGAAGAAAGAGGGGAGUCCAGCGGGCAUAGUCGCAUUGUUUGCCGCCUCAAUGGCCGUGAUGUUCACUGCGGCUUUAUAUCACAACAUCUAGACAAGGUACGCCAGCAAUUAGAUUGGGUGGAGGCAAGCAAAUGAGCGCGCAGCCAUGGGCAAUGUUCGUGUGAGAAACGAAAAAGAGGACUGUGUCUUGUCCCUUUCUUAUGUAAAUAUUCUUUGUACACAUCUGGGAGAGACCAGGAUCGUCCAACAAAGAGCUCGUGAAGUUGGAAGUAA